AUGUCAGAGAGUCUGGCUUCCAUGGUUCUAAAAGCUCGGUACUAUCCUGAUUGUGAUUUCUUCCAUUCCUGCCUUGGUAGUAAUCCUUCUUAUGUUUGGCGUAGCAUAGCAGGUAGAGAGAUUGUUCAGAAUGGCAUAAUCCGCAAGAUCAGCGAUGGAACUUCUACGAAUAUAUGGGCUGAUCCUUGGCUUCCUUCGAUGAACGACGCUUAUGUUAAAACAGCAAGACCUGAUGGAACUCAUAUUCAUUUAGUACCUAGGGCUGAUUCUUGGAUGUGGAGAAAGGACAGGAAGGGAGUCUUCACUGUUAGGAGCGCUUAUUUUCAAGCCUUUCAUUCGCAACAUAUGGUUACUUCUAAUGCCAUUGUAGUGAGCUGGAAGAGGUUUUGGAAAAUUGCUACUCCUCCUAAAGUCAAGAACUGCUUGUGGAGAGCUAUUAGUGGUAAUUUGCCUACGUGUGUGGCGUUGAAGGAGAAAGUGAGGAAAUGUUUUCAGGGACUGUCCUUUUGCUCAGGUUGUCUCGACAUGUUUUUCAAUAGCCCGAAUGCUAUAAAGCACCAAAAUGAUGUUCUCCGGAACAAGUUGGUCAAAUCUCCUGCUGAUGUUGUUCGUGAAGCCAACAAUUUUUUCAAUCAAUGGACCUCGGCCAAACUUCUCAGCCUGGGUCAUUCAGUUGUUCAUAUUGGGAUGACCAACAGCUCUUGGAUAAAACCUUCUCUGGGCUCUCUCACCUGCAAUGUGGACGCUGCUGUUCCAGCCGAAGAGGACUAUAGUUCGUUUGGCUUCCUACUUCGUGAUCAUCAAGGAAAUUGCAUUGCAGCCAAACAUGCUGGAGUGAUGGAUUGCCAGGAACUCGUUACUGCUCUGAAUAAUCCCUUGAGGGAUUUAUCUUAUUUUUCUGAUUUUGUUCGCGAUUGUCACUUUUUGAUUAGCACAAUGGAUUGUGUUUUCGUUGCUUUUGUAAAAUGCUCAGCCAAUUUGGCCGCUCAUUGCUUGGCUAAAACAGUCGAUUCUAUGUAUGUGUGUAGGGAGUGGGAUAGUCCUCCCUUAUUUCUUGUUUCUAUUCUUCAAAAUGAUUUUUAA